AUGGCUUCGAUGUCGGCUGACGAGAGAAUUGCCCUCAUCAAGGAGAAUCUCGCUGAGACUCUCGACUUUGAGAUUAUCGAGAAGAUCAUCAAGGAUGGAAACGACCCCAAGGUCUACUGGGGAACAGCGACGACCGGACGGCCUCACUGCGGAUACUUCGUCCCUGCCAUCAAGCUCGCCCAGCUGCUUCGGUCCGGCUGUGAGCUCACCAUCCUCCUCGCCGAUAUCCAUGGAUUCCUCGACAACCUGAAAGCUCCUAUCGAGCUGGUUGAGCACCGUGCCAACUACUACAAGCGCGUUAUCACUGCCAUGCUCCAUGCAACGUGCGGCGAGGACGACGUCAAGAAGCUAAAGUUCGUUUACGGCAGCUCUUACCAGAAGAGCGCCGACUACUGCAUGGACCUAUACAAGUUGGCUGCGGUUGUAUCCGAGCAUGACGCCAAAAAGGCCGGCGCCGAGGUUGUCAAGCAAACCGCCAACGCCCCGCUAUCCGGUCUCCUCUACCCUCUCCUCCAGGUCCUGGACGAGCAGUACCUGGACGUCGACGUCCAAUUUGGUGGUGUCGACCAGCGCAAGCUGUUCACCGCCGCCAAGGAGUGGCUGCCCAAGCUGGGCUACCGCCAGCGCGCACACAUCAUGAAUGCCAUGGUACCUGGGCUCCAGGGCGGCAAGAUGUCCGCAAGCGACCCCAACUCCAAGAUCGACCUGCUCGACGAGGCCGACACGGUGGUCAAGAAGAUCAAGAAGGCUGAGUGCGUGCCCAAGGUGCCCGAGGGCAACGGCGUGCUGGCCUUUGUUGAGUUCGUGCUGCUGCCCGCCGCGCGCCUCAAGGGCCAGAAGGGCUUCGUAGUCGACCGGACUAGGGAUGAGCUGCCGGAGCUAGUCUACACGGACGUGGAGAAGAUGCACGAAGACUACCGCAACGAUGUCCUCACCCCGCAAAUUCUCAAGCCUGCAGUGUCCAAGGCACUCAACGAGCUGAUGGCGCCCGUAAGAGAGGAAUUCAGCAAGGACGCGAGCUGGCAGGAGUUAGUCGAGAAGGCCUACCCGCCAGAGGUUAAGUUUGUCAAGGAGAAGAAGAAGAAGGACCGCGGCACUAUGUUCCCCGGCUCUAAGAAGGACGGAGGAAAGGCGCCGGCCGAUGGAGCGGUCACGUCGCAGACGGAGGACCUGCCUGUUCGUACUACGAAGGAGUAGGCCCUCGUCCUCUCAAGGUGUUCAAGGAGUUUCACACUGUUCAAUGCCGCCAGCCUAGAGAAGAAAGAGAAAGAAGAAGAAAAAAGAAGGAAGUAGACGAUAGAUACCCUGACAACUAACUACCCUUGGCUUUUCUGUGGGUGCUUUUUGUGGGAUGGUCACACAACAUGAUAUGACCAGUGUUCUCCUCG